CCAGGGCCCUCGUUCAACGUAACGCGCAUGCGAAGACCGCGAAGGUGUCAGCGCCGGCCUGACCCUGCCAACAUCCUCAUCGGCCCCGGCCGCGCGCUGCUUCGCCUUUUUCCUGUUGCGCGUUCCCCAUGACUGCGGUUGCGACUCCUCCCAGCUUUGCGAAUCUUAAUCGGCCGGGAUGGAUUAAUGGGGGACAGUCGCUGAAUUCCACAAACCCGUCGGACGACAUCAGAGGAAUCAACAUGUUUAUGCAGCGGAAAACCCUACAACGUACGAACUCUUCGUCGUCAGUGUCGUCGACAUCUUCGAACUCGUCGACCUCCACUGUGACAUCCAAUGCUGGCUCGCAAUCGAACGGCGUAUCCUUACAGGCCGCUGGAGAGGCGAAUGGGUGGCCGAAUCCUGCACCGCGAAAACGUCCAAACCCAAAAGGGUGGCAAAAUGGAAAACCAGACGGGGCUGCCGACUUCUCCAGGUCUCGCACACCGAUGGCCAACGGCGUCAAUGGCACCUCAGCUUCCCACCAGCAACAGUCGGCCAUGUUAGCGUCCCAGAACCAGCUCGCAGCACAAGGCGGGCUUGGCCGCCCCGGUACCGAUGCCGCUUCAGGACGACAACCAAUGCUUUAUCUGCUCUCCCUCAAUGGGAGCUUCGAACGUAAGACAAUCACAGUCCCGUUUUAUCCUGAGACUCUCCGCAUCGGGCGGCAGACAAACGCCAAAACGGUACCCACCCCGGUCAACGGCUACUUUGACAGCAAGGUACUGUCAAGGCAGCACGCUGAAAUAUGGGCGGAUGCCAACGGCAAGAUCUGGAUUCGGGACGUCAAGUCGUCGAACGGGACGUUUGUGAACGGCACUCGGCUGUCGCCGGAGAAUCGAGAUUCCGAACCACAUGAAUUACAGGCCCAAGACCAUCUCGAGCUUGGAAUCGACAUCGUCAGUGAGGACCAGAAGACUGUUGUGCACCACAAGGUGGCUGCCAAAGUUGAGCAUGCGGGCUUCGUAUCCCCGACGAGUAAUGUUCUGGACAUGAACUUUGGGGAUCUCGAUCCUUCAAGUAGCUCCAUGAUGCUACCGCUAGGCGGUGUCUCACCAUUCCGAGGCAGAGCUGGCAGUCAGGCUGGAGCAGCAGGCAACAAUCGCAUGCCUCCAGGGGCUAUGGGAGGACAGCCGAACACGCUAGCGCAGCAGAGGCAGUUUUGGCUUAACCCGGUCACAACUGAACACAUCGUGAAGAAGCUCCACACGGAGAUGCGCAAUGCGCGGUUACAGAACCAAGAUCUGGCGCGCACAAGCCAGUUCAUCAAUGCGCUGUUAUCGAAGGAGGAUAUCAAGAACGCGGACAAGCCCGCCGAAGUUUCUGAACCUCCUAAAGCGCACUUAACGAACGGGAACAUAUCGUUCCGGUCAGAUGGUGGCAAGACGCGAUUUUCGGAGCCACCAGCUCCACCGCCGUCUCAACCGCUGCCGGAGAAGCCGGACGCGGCCCGGCCUUCGGACGCCCCGUCGCUGAAGCGAGCUACAACGGAGCGGCCGAAGGCGGCAAGCACGUCCCCUGUACGACAAGACAACAACAACCUUAACCAAAUUCUCCUCCUUACCGAAGCACUGAACAACGCCAAAAGGGAGCUUGACAACCAUAGCGCCAGAGUGCGGGAUCUCGAGGAGAUGCUGUUAAAGGAACGAGAGGCACGGCUAUAUGCCGAGGAUAUGAUGCAGAAGAUGGAGGAAAGCAAGCAUGCGAAGAUGAGUCUCGAGACCGGAACCCCGCUAGUGAACGGCCACUCCGAACUUGAUAAGGCCUUCGACCCGCCCGUCGAACAGGCUCCAACCGCCGAACCUGAGGGUCCUCCGAGCAUUUCCGAGACCGAGACUGCGUCAACCCAGCCAGACAAGGCCGAGCAACUGGCAGCCGCCUUCCAGGCCCGGAUAGACUCUAUGGCAUCAGAAAUGAACAGUCUGAGGGAGCAGUUGGAGGCAUUCAGAAUGCGGGCGGAGAAGGCCGAGGCCGAACGGGAUGCCGACCGCAAGACUCUAGCCGAGAUGGUGCUCCAGAUUCGACAGCGCGACGAAGAAGAAAAGAGACGAGAAGUUGAGAGGAGAAGAAGGUCGCCAUCCGAGGGCAGGCGGCGUCGCCCCAGCCAGGACAAAGCGCUAUGGAAGCCCGCCACGACGAUGAACGGCAGCGCCAACAAGGGGCAAACUCCCUUGAGCGAGGAACCUGCAGCAGAAGGGGAUGAGUCGGAAACCGCCCCGGCCGCGCCUACCAUGCCGGGGGCUAAUACCACCAAGCCCAGUGGAGGAUCCCUAGCAGUCCAGGGACAGCAGCAAGACGCGACGCUACUACACACACUACCAUACGCGUCAAUGAUUGGGGUUGUGCUUCUCGGGAUGGGAUUUAUGGCCUAUCUCAACGGCUGGCAGCCACAGCCGAGACUGGACCGCUAGCCCAGGGGUUAGGCGACAAGUGCAGCCACCGGCGACGAUACAAUAAAAAGGGCGGCAUUCUUGGCGGAUGCCAUGGCGCAUACUCUCUAUUGCAUAUUA